CAAUCAAAAAUCAAUAUUCCCUUCUUCCUUCUUCUCCCUUCUUCUCCACUUUCCCCUCUCUCUCUCUGUUCGAUCUCUUUCCCCUUCAAAUCCAAAAAAAAUUACUAACAAAAUUCACACACACACACACACACACACACUCAGCAUCGCCUCUCUAUCUCUCCAAAAUACACUUGUAUUUUACGUGCAGAUCGGAGCUUCUCGUAGAUCCGAUUCAAUUCUAUAUUUCUUCUUUUUCUUUUUGAUUUUGGCUGAAUUAGGCUAUUUGUGAAGCUGUUUGGAUGACCGUAGAUCAAUAUUUGGAUAAUGACUUCAAAUAUGUUGGCAGGGGAGAGAAGGUGGGUUUCUGCAAGAAGAGGUGGCAUGACUGUCCUUGGAAAAGUGGCUGUCCCAAAACCAUUGAACUUACCCAGUCAGCGGUUAGAGAACCAUGGUUUGGACCCAAAUGUUGAAAUUGUUCCCAAGGGUACAUUGAGCUGGGGUAGCCGUACUUCUUCCUCUACCUCAAAUCCGUGGGGUUCCUCAACACACUCUCCAAAUGCUGAUGGUGGAGCGAGCUCACUAAGUCAUCUUAGAUCCCGCCCUUCAUCUGGUGGGAGUGGCACUCGACCUUCAACUGCUGGUAGUGAUAGAACACAUGAACCUACAAUUAGUGCAUGGGGUACCAGUUCUAGACCUUCGUCAGCUUCUGGGCCAUUAUCAUCAAACAAAGUACCAUCGACAUUGGCUCGCCCACACAGUGCAGAGACAAGGCCCGGCAGCUCGCAGCUUUCACGCUUUGCUGAGCCUGUUUCUGAACAUCCAGCAGCAUGGGGAGCAACAACUACCGCAGAGCGUUUGGGAGUACUGUCAUCUAAGAAUGAAGGCUUUUCUCUGGCUUCUGGGGAUUUUCCAACUCUUGGUUCGGAUAGAGAUGCUUCUGGGAAGACUACCGAAUCACAAGAUCAUGGUUCUUGUAGCCGUCCUAGCUCAGCUUCUGGCAAAGUAGCACAGCCCCUAGAGAAGACAACUGCCUCUCACUCAGAUGUGAAGGGUGGAUCAUUUGAUGCAUGGAAAAGAGAUGGUCAAAGUGCUGAGGAUCCUUCUCAUCAUGGUAUGGAGAAAUGGCAAGGGGAUCCCCAUCAGUAUCACGGUCUUAAUGUUCCACCACAGCAUUUUGAUGCAUGGCGUGGUCCUCCUAUGAAUACUCCAGCUGCUCUUUGGUAUAGAGGACCACCUGGGGGGCCACCUUAUGGAGCUCCAGUUCCUCCCGGUGGUUUUCCAAUUGAACCAUUCCCCUACUUUCCACCCCAGAUGCCGCCUCCUUCUAUUGGAAAUUCACAGCCAGUUCCUCCUCCGGGGCCUGGAUCCAGAGGGCAUCAUCCCAGAGGUGGAGACAUGUAUAGACCACAGAUUGCUGAUGCUUAUAUUCGUCCAAAUAUGCCAUUUAGACCUGGUUUUUACUCUGGGCCAGUGGCCUUUGAGGGCUAUUAUGGACCGCCAAUGGGUUAUUGCAAUUCCAGUGAACGGGAAAUUCCUCUUAUGGGCAUGCCUCCUGGUCCUCCAGUCUAUAAUAGAUAUUCAGGCCCAAAGACUCCUGAUCCAAGCAAUUCUCAUGCCAGGAUUGGAAGCCACGGUGCUAAUACCAAGGCAAUGCCAGAGGCACUGGAGUCUGGUCAUCCUGAUGAUGCUAAAGGACCAUAUAAGGUUCUUUUAAAGCAUGAUGCAAGAGAGGAAGGAGAGACUUGGGAACAUGCUGCACCCACCAAUGGCCCAUAUCAUGGUAGAAGCUCUCAGAGAUCAUUGCAGAAACAUGAGCGGGGAGGUGAGCACGGCGGUGAGAAGGAAUUGUAUUCAAGGAGAACUACAGGGAGUGGGAACUGUUAUCCGCGCAGCUAUGGUGAUCGAGGAGGUGAUUCUUCAGAUACCACAAAUGUGAAUUCACUUGAAGGUAUAAAUACUAUGAAGGUAGCUGAUGGCAGUUGGACAAAGAAAUCAGGGUAUGUGGAAUCCUCUGGUGGAGUGCCUCCAUCUUCCUUGGCUCCUGAAAAGGUUUCAGCUCCUGCAGUGACUGCCAAAGAUUCAUCCUUGAUGCAGAAGAUUGAAGGCCUAAAUGCAAAAGUCCGAGCAUCUGAUGGACGUUAUGAAGCGCCUUAUGUUUCAUCAGGAGAGGAUAUGAAUAAGUCAGAACUGAAUUCCAAGGUUACCAAUUCAGUAAAUGAAGCUAAAGGUGGUCUUAUGUCAUCGGAAAGAACUCAUACUUCUGGAACCACAGGGAACAAGGGUGGCCAUUCAAUAGCUGCUAUGCCAAGGAGGCCAUAUCACGGUGCACAAGCCAGAAAUGAUCAUCUUGGUAAACCCAAAUUUGAUAGUCAUGAUGAUGGUUGGAGAAAAAGGCCCGUCGCAGCUGACUCAUCUGCUGUGGCUUCUGGAACAUUCUUGGAACCUGCUUCUAAUGUUCAUGCGUGUGAGUUGGGUCCUAAAGUUGAGGCUGUUGAGCAAGCUUUAGCCGAUAUAAGCGUGAGUGUUGAAAAAGAAUCCUUGUCAGAAUUACAUGAUUCAGCAGAUACCCAGGCUCAGCGUACGAAGAUGAAAGAGUUAGCCAGGCAACGUGCCUUACAGCUGCAGAAAGAAGAGGAAGAACGAAUUAAACAACAGAAAGCCAAAGCUCUUGCUAAAUUAGAGGAAUUGAAUCGCCGUAUGCAGGCAGGUGAUGCUUUGUGUCAGAAGGCUGAAAAGGAUUCGCCUGCUGAUGUUAUCAAGCAAGAGCUACAAGACUCCUCACCUCCUGAAGCAGUGGGUUCUACUGUCAAACCUCAAGCACGCAAUGCAACUUUAGCAGCACACAGUGACGUAAUUGAUGCCAGUGGGCUCAUUCUCAACAAAGACAGUGAGCAUAUUAAUCCACCUGUUGUGUUAGAAUUUGGCACUUCUAUUAUGGUCCAGUCAGAAAUAGCCAUCCCACAACCCCAUGCUUUUCUAUCCAAGCAAGAUUCUGAUAGGGCUUCUGCCUCUCAUGGAAAAGAGACUUGUCAGUCAAGUGAUGGGGGUGUCAUCAAGCAGAAGCGUACUAGCUUCAAGCAAAGGCCAAAUAUGACACCUAAGAAUAUGAAUGAAAAAUCAGUCCCUGUUAGCAUUACUGAGGUAUCUGAGGGCCCUAGUGAUACUAUUAAUAAUAAUGUUCCAUCUACUGAGGCUCAUGAAGUUGGCCUAAAUGCUGAAUCAAACAUGGUCAAUAAUGCCAAGGUUGUGGUCGAGUCUUCUGUGCAGCCUAGAAGGAAAGGUAAUAGGACCAACAAGAACAAGCAGAGGCUUGAUGCUGUGCUGCCUCGCCCUGCCUCUCCAUCACCAGUGCAAAAUGAUAAUAUUCCUGUUAAAGUUCGUACUCAACAGGAAAAGUUGAAUUAUUCUCAGUUGGUUCUGGAUGUGAGCUCAAAUCAGGCAGCAAGUGGUGAUAAUAUUGUUCAGCCUUCUGACCCGAGUCCCCCUUUGCCAACAGAAGAAGGUCAUGGUCGAGUAAUUAAUCACUGGAAACCUCAGCACCCUCGCAGGACACAGAGAAAUCAGCACUCUAAUAUUCAUACUGAUAAGUUUCAGGGAGGUGAUACGGUUGUGUGGGCACCUGUGCGAUCUCAAAGCAAAACUGAAGAUGCUGCUGCUGAAGCAAGUCAGAAAACUGGAUCUAAUUCCAUUGGUCCUCUGAAGAGUGAUAACGUGGUGCAGAGUAAUUCAAAAAGCAAGAGAGCUGAAAUGGAGAGAUACGUUCCCAAACCAGUGGCGAAAGAACUUGCUCAGCAUGGUAGCAGUCAACAGCCACUGUUGUUCUCAGGCAAUUCUCCCGGUCCAGAUGGGACAACUGGCAGGGCAGAAUCUAGGCCUGAAAACUCUGGAUGUUCCGUACCUACUGGAUCUGCAACUGAGAGCUUUUCCAUAGAGUCCAGGGAUGGUGAUGGAAAACACAAUAAUAAUAAGCAAGGAAAAGCACAUGGAGUGUGGAGGCAAAGGGGUUCAACUGAAUUGGCAUUGGACACCAGCAUCAACGAUUGCAAGUCUUUGGAUCAGACUCAAUCUUUGAAGCCUGAUAGAAAUACUAUGAGAUAUGAGUCCAAGUAUUCCGGUGAGUUCGAUGUAUCAGAUGGUUGGAACAUGCCAGGUGAUUUUGAAGUUCAGCGCACCACCAUUCCUGUUGUACCAGAUGAGGGAGCGAGAGGUAAAGGAAAACGGUACCCUUCCAAGGGCCAUAGAAGCACAGGAAAUUCUGGGUAUGAAUACAAAAAUAGCAGUGUGGGGCCUCAGCAAAAUCACACUCUGUCAGGAGCUACUGAAAUAAACCAGAUGGACAGAAGAGUUGCAGCAAAGGAAAACCGUAGCAUGGGCAAUCGUACUCCACCACCACAUUGGCAGCCAAAGUCCCACAUGCUUGCAGUUGAUAAUCAACAUGCAGAUGUGUCUACUGGAGCCCAAGAUAUUACUAUGGAAGGUGAUCGGGGCAAUAAGAGGGAUUUUCUUCACGGUAAAGUUAGUAUUCCCCUACAAAGUGAGAAGGAGAUCUGUGAUGUAGGUGCAGGUCAAGCAGAUUCAUUUUCAGCUGAAGAUAAAAUUGUUUCAGAGGUGCCAAACGUUCGAAAUCUGGAUCCAAGAAGAGAUAGAAAGCCUGGUUCAUUCCGGGGACGCCCCUACUCCCCUAACCAAGGUCCUGUUGUCAAAGCUGAAUCAGCUCCUGCUGAAAGUGCCGAAGCUGUGCAAGAGCGGAGCAACUCAGGUUUAAGGAGGAAUGUAAGCCAUAAUAAUCGUUCUUCCCGGACCCAGGAAUAUCAUGGAGAUUCGUUCUUGGUGAAAGAUAAUCGGCAGCACAACACCUCCAGUGGUCGAGAAAGGCAGAGAAACAACAUACAUUAUGAGUACCAGCCAGUUGGGCAAUACAAUAAUAGCAAACCAAGUAAUUUUGAGGAGCUAGCUGAUGGUUCUCACAAUGUUGACCAAAAAAGAUACAGAGAGAGAGGUCAGGUUCAUUCAAAGCGCGGAGGUGGAAAUUUCCAUGGUAGGCAAGGUGGAUCUGCCAGAGUAAAUGCCAAUUAUGAUUGAUGGGGAGGGCCGAAAUGUGGUUUUAGGUCUUUUAGCUUGUGAUGAAUAGCAACCGUACCAGAUAAUCUUGUCUUAGUUUGACGAGAUAUCUGUUGGUGCAGUUUUAGGUGAUAGCUUUUGUCAUGGUAGAAAAGAAAACUUGUUGGCCAAUGUCCACACGGGUGAGGUGGACUACGGCCGAGCGUGGCCGCAUGGUUUUGAUAAAAGUAAUGUGUUUGGUGCAAGACGUAAUGAGAGGUGUAAUUAAUUUGAAGAACAUUAAAAUUGUUGCCCAUUUUCUCACCAGAGAAAUGUCUAUGCAUUUGGAGCAUUGUAAGUUGCUAUUAUAUUUUUGUAUUAUCAUAUCAGAA